AUGUCAAAUUUACCUUUUUUCGCCUAUUCAGUCAUUUUUCUAUUUUCCAUUUUUUUUUCCUUCCAUGACUUUCUGACGUACAUGAAAAUGAAAAUGUGCAAUAUGCUACAUGCUAUUAACAAAACACUAUUUGAGAUGAGCAUAUGCUACUCUUCUUUAUUUUUUGUGAAGAUGUUCCUAAAACCGUACGAAACCAUGACUUUGCAAUCCGUUGAGCACGCUGAACACUGCGUGCCUACUGAUAUUUCUCAUGGCGUAUCCUACCGUCCAGUUGUUGGUUUGCCAAGGGAUAAUGGAAAAAAUGUUAAGUUGCUCCAUGAGCAAAAACACAAUAUGAUCUUUGAUACUUUGAAAGAGAAGAUUGAAGCUAUCAACCAUGAAACAUGUGAGCCAGGUGAUGAAAAUUCAUUUUUUGUGUGUGAUUUGGGAGAAAUUACAAGAUUGAGGAAACUAUGGUCUGAACUCCUCCCAAGAGUAACUCCGUUUUAUGCUGUAAAAUGUAACCCAAACACUGAAGUCCUUCGGAGGCUUGCCUCGAUGGACACAAACUUCGACUGUGCUUCUAAAUGCGAGAUUGAGAAGGUUUUAUCUCUGGGCGUUUCUCCAGAAAGAAUUAUAUAUGCUAAUCCAUGUAAGGCUUCCUCUUUCAUUAGAUUUGCGGCUAAAAAUGGAGUCAAAAAGUCUACAUUCGACAACAUUGACGAACUGUACAAAAUUAAAAAGUACCAUCCGGACUCUGAAUUAUUAUUGAGGAUAGUUACCGACGAUUCUACAGCUCAGUGUAGACUAUCUACCAAAUAUGGUUGUGAGUUAGAUGACGUUCCUGCUCUAUUGGAUACAGUGAAAGAACUCAACUUGAAUUUGGUUGGUGUGUCAUUCCAUGUGGGUUCUGGUGCAUCCGAUUUCAGUACUAUCACUCAGGCUGUUCGUGACGCAAGAAAAGUAUUUGACAUGGCUGAAUGCAUGGGUUUGGCACCAUUGAAAGUUUUGGACGUGGGUGGUGGUUAUCAAUUCGAAUCCAUUGUGAAGGUCGCUGAUGUUAUUAAUGCCGCAUUAGAACAUUUUUUCCCUUCACAAACUCACUCGCACGUUCAAUUCAUUGCAGAACCUGGUAGAUAUUUUGUGGCUACAGCAUUUACUCUUGCUGCCACCGUCAUUGGCAAGAGAAUAAGUGGACCAAACGAGUCAAUGCUUUACAUCAACGAUGGUGUUUAUGGAAACAUGAACUGUAUUCUCUUUGACCAUCAAGAACCGGUACCACGUAUCUUAUACCACCGUAAGGAAUUCCACUACUUGGAUUUUGAGUCUUCCUCUCGUAUUCAGAGCGGCGGUCAUCCAUACAAAAUCUCUAUGUGGGGUCCUACUUGCGACGGAUUAGACUGCGUUACCCAGGAAUACUACAUGAAACAUGAUCUUGAGGUUGGAGACUGGGUUUACUUUGCCAACCAGGGAGCAUAUACAUGCUCUGCUGCUACACCAUUUAAUGGUUUUGAGCAAACGGUGGACAUAAUCUUUAUCGAUUCUGUUCUUUGA